AUGAUUGAUAAGUUGGAGGUCACCAUGCCCUUUAUUGAGACCGUCACUCAAAUUCCAUCAUACAAGAAGUUUUUAAAAAAUAUUUUGGGAAACAAGAAAAAAUUGGAAAAGAGUGCGGUUGUUGAUCUAAGUGAGGGGACCUUGACAUGUGCCAUGCUUCAAACAAACUUGCCCCCUAAGUUGCAAGACCCCGGAAGUUUUGCUAUACCUUGUAUUGUUGGAGGGUUUGUUGUGAGUCAUGCUUUGUGUGAUUUAGGGGCAAGUGUGAGCCUAAUUCCGUAUUCUCUUUGCAAAUGGCUAAAUCUCGGUGAACCCAAGCCAACAAAUAUGACUUUGCAAAUGGCGGAUCGUUCUAUAAAACGCCCGGUUGGUGUGCUCGAAGAUGUUCCGGUCAUGAUUGACCAAUUCUUUAUCCCGGGAGAUUUCGUGGUUCUAGACAUAGAGGAAGACACCAAGGUCCCCAUCAUCCUUGGUAGGCCUUUCCUAGCUACCGCCGGUGCUAUAAUUGAUGUGAAGAGAGGCAAGUUGGUGAUGGAGGUGGCCGAAAACAAAAUUGAAUUUGACAUAUUUAAGAUGGUCAAGCAUCAACCGUCCUAUGUUGAUGAGUGCAAGAUGAUUGAAAUCAAGGAGAAGAAUUCUAAGGGAGCGCAAGGAAAUCAUGAUGAAUUUGAUGCCCCAUUGACCUCAACCAUUAAAAGGCCUCCUCCUCUCCCAAAUCAGACCUAA